AUGAAUGAAUCAUUAAAAUCAUUUCAUUCAGUUCCCGACCACGAAGAUUUAUAUUCAUUGCUAUCAUUAGCAAAUCCGAAAUCAACUACACCAAGUGAUUUUAAUCAUAAUAAUAGCGGUAGUAACAACAACAACAACAACAAUAAUAAUAAUAAUAAUAAUAAUAAUAAUAAUAAUAAUAAUAAUAAUAAUAAUAGUUCCAACUCAAAUAAUAAUAAUAAUUAUUCAAAUGGUUCUAUUCACAUCGGAUCACUAUUAUCUUUAUCGAAUAAAAAGGAAGAACCAAUUUGGAACAACAAUAAUAAAACAAAUAAACUAAACGACCCAAUCUUUGUAAAUAGUAACAACAACCAAGUACCAUUACCACAACCACCAUCCUCUUCAUCAUCUUCUUCAUCAUCCUCUUCAUCUUUAAAUAAUAAUAAUAAUAACCAACAAAUGAUAUCAUUUAUGAAUAAUAUUCAGCAAUUACAAAUCCAGCAACCACCAUUACACAAUAAUAAUAAUAAUAGAAUAAAUGGUAGUAAUAAUAAUAACAAUAAUAAUAAUAAUAGCAAUAACAAUAACAACAACAAUAAUAAUAAUAAUAAUAAUAAUAAUAAUAGUAAUAAUAAUAAUAGUAAUAAUAAUGGCCAAACAAAUGGGAAUAAUAAUAAUAAUAAUAAUAAUAAUAAUAAUAAUAAUAAUAAUAAUAAUAAUAAUAAUAAUAAUAAUAAUAACAAUAAUAACAAUAAUAGUUCAUCACAACCUCAUGUUCCAAACCAAUUAUCAUCGUCAACUCAACAUUUAAAUUCACCUCCACAAUUACAAUCCUCUCAAUCAUCUGUUUUAACCUUAUCAUCUCAAAAUAAUUUUUCAAACAAUCAUAACAGCAAUAACAACAACACAAGUCCACAACAAUUAUCUCCAACUAAAUUUGAUAAUCAAAUAAAAAAUGAAAAAACUAUACAAGUUGGUAACAACCAACCAAUUUCCCAACAAUUUCCACCAUCUCAAAUCCAACAACAACAUCAACCACAACAUCAAAACCAUCUCACACAUAUGUCUGUUCACCAAAACCAACAAAUCCAACAACAAAUCCAACAACAAUUACAACAACAACAAAUCCAAAUUCAACAACAACUACAACUUCAACAUCACCAACAACUACAACAACAACAAAAUCAACAACUACAACAUCAACAAAUCCAAAUUCAACAUCAACAACAUCAACACCAACUACAUCAACAACAACAACAACAUCAACACCAACAACAACAACUACAACAACAACCACAACAACAACAACAACAACAACAACAACAACAACAACAACAACAACAACAACAUCAUCAUCAUCAUCAUCAUCAUCCACAACAACAACAACCGCAACAACCACAACAACCGCAACAACCACAACAUCAACAUCAACAGCAACCACAACAACAACACCAUCAUCAACCACAACAACCACAUCAACAACAUCAACCUCAACCACAACAACAACCUCAACCACAACAACAACAACAACCACAACAACAACAACAACCACAACAACAACAACAACAACAACAACAACAACAACAACAACCACAACAACAACAACAACCACAACAACAACAACAACAACAACAACAACAACAACAACAACAACAACAACAACAACAACAACAACAAAAUCAACAACAACAACAACAACAACAACCACAGCAACAACAACAACAACAACAACAACACCAACAACUACUACAACAACACCAACAACAACAUCAACAACAUCAACAACAACAUCAACAUCAAAAUCAACAUCAACAACAACAACAACAACAACAUAUUUCAUUCCAACUAAUUACAUCACAACAUCAUGUAUCAAUUGAUGAUGACUACCCAUUAAAUAAUUUAUUAUACGAUAAAGUAUAUACUGGUUCAGUCUCAUUAAUUUGUUGUAAAUGUAACAACAAACAAAACGUUGAAAGUAAAGUAUUCCUUUCAAAUAACAUCCAAGUUAUUCCAGGACCUGAAGAUAAAAAUUAUGAAUUUAGAUGUUUUGAUUGUUCAAAAGGUCAAUUUUAUUUCAGACAUUUAUUUAAAACUUGGAAAGAGAUGAUCCAUACCUCAUUGUUCAAUUUGGAAAGAGAAAAGAAAUAUAGAUUCUCUCACUAUAGAGAAAUCAUUAAAUAUGUACAUAAACAUUCAAAAGAGUUAUUGGCUGAUCGUGAUAAAGUUUUACAUUCAAAAAUGAAAAAUAUUAUGACAGCAACAUUAUCAUAUAAUAGAAAAAUUUUCAUUUCAUUUGCACGUGAUUCAGGUAUGUGGUCAAAUUAUAGACAUGGUGAUUCAAUCGACGAAGAUGAAAGAGGUUUGUUAACUUGGAAAGGUAGUGAACAAUGGGAAGGUUAUAUUGAUCAAGAUAGUAAUCAUUCUCUAACUUGUAAAUCUUGUUCAAAAAUGAUUAAUUUUCAAAUGAAAGAUUUAGUUGGUAGUACAGUAUUACCUGGGCCAUCUGAUAGUAGAUUUGAAUUUUAUUGUGAUUCAUGUUCUCAAUCUAGAAAAUUCACACUAAAACAUCUUUCAAAAUCUUGGAAAGAAGUUGCUCAUACUGCAUUAUAUAAUUUAGAAAUCAUUAAAAAGUAUAGAUUCUCUCAUCAAAUUGAAAUCGCUUCAUAUGUUAAAUCUCAUCAAGAUUCUUUUGCUUUCAAUAGAGAAAUGGUAUUUGAAGAUAAUAUUAAAAAUAGAUUAAGUACUGUAUUAUCAAGAUAUAAGAAAGCAUUCACAUCAAUUGGUAGAUACACCGGUAUGUGGAGUAACUUUAGAGAAGGAGAUGAAAAUUUACAAGAAUUACAAGAGAUUGAUGACGACGGUGACGAUACCGAUGACUCUUCAUCAUCUUCAUCAUUGGAUGAAAUUGAUUUUGAUGGUGUCGAUCCUGAUGAAGUUCAAAAAAUGAAAUCAUCAAUGUCUUCACCAACAAAAUCUUCAAAAUCUUUCAAAAAGUCUAAAAAAUCUAAAAAAAUUAAAACAAAAUCAUUGAAAACUGGUGGCGUUAAAUCGGCUUCCACAAAUUCAACCCCAAUAAAACAAUUAAAAAAUAUUACUACAUCAAAUAAUAUUAAUAAUAAUAAUAAUAAUACAAAUGGAAAUAACAAUAACAACAAUAAUAAUAAUAACAAUAACCUUAACAAUUCAAAUAAUAAUAAUAAUAAUAAUAAUAAUAAUAAUAAUAAUAAUAAUAAUAAUAAUAAUAAUAAUAAUAAUAAUAAUAAUAAUAAUAAUAAUAAUAAUAAUAAUAAUAAUAAUAAUAAUAAUAAUAAUAAUAACACCACUAAUACUAAUUCAAAUACCAAUACAAAUACAAAUACAAAUACCAAUACAAAUACUUCCUCAUCAUCAUCUUCAACUGCAUCUUCAGUUGUUGGUUCACCAAUUUCAACAAUGUCAAGUGAACUCUUUAAUUCACCAAAGAAAACUCCACUAUUACCAACAUUAGGUUCAAUUGAUGGACCCAAUUCAAAUAAUAAUAAUAAUUCUAGUGGGGGAAAUAAUAAUAGUUCUAAUUUUAGUAUUUCAGAACAGCCUAACAAUAGUAAUAAUAAUGCAACAGCCACUGUGAAUUCUCCUACAAAUACCAAUAUUAAUAACAAUAUUAAUAAUUUACAACAUCUUAAACUUCAAUCAUCGCCUCCUCCUCCAACCGCCGCCAUAAUAACAACCACAACAACUACUACAACAAAUCAUAAUACUCACCAACAUCAUAACAACCAUCAACAACAACAACAACAACCACAACAACAACAACAACAACAACAACAACAACAACAACAACAACAUCUACAUCAUGGCAACCAUCAACAACAUCUACAUCCUCAUCCACACCACCAUCAAAAUCAACAUCACCAUCAUAGCCAUCAACAUUUACACAGUCACUUAAUCCAAAAUAGUGGAUUCUUACCUUAUAAUUUAAAUGGUAACAAUAAUAAUAACAAUAAUAAUAAUAACAAUAAUAGUAUUUCUCCAAAAUUAUCACCAGAUUCCUCAACCACUACACCUGUUUUGAGUAACUCCCCAAAUUUCAAUUUUUAUCAAUUUUAUGGGAAUAAUUCAAACCAAAACAACAAUAAUAACAAUAAUAAUAAUAGUAGUAGUACUGCUACCACUACAAAUCAUAAUAAUUCAAAUCAAGUCCAUAGUGGAAAUAAAGGUAAUGUUGAGUGUUGUUUGUGUUUCAAGACAAAGGUUCCACUACAAAAGUGUAAAAAUAAUUCUGCCACCCAUCCCUAUCAACAAUGUUCAAAAGCCUUUUGCAAAGAUUGUCUUUCCCAUAAUUACCACUUGUUUUUAGGUAAAACUGGUUCUGAUCUAUUCUGUCCAGAUUGUAAUUCUUCAAAUGAUAAUAAUAGCUCCUAUAACCCAUAUAACAACAACAGUAAUAAUACCAAUAGUAAUAAUAGUAAUAGUAGUAGUAAUAAUAAUACUGUAUUUAAUGGCAACCAUGGUUUCCAAAAUUCAUUUAAUGAAAUGGGUUGUCCUGGUAAUAGUAAUAAUAAUAAUAAUAGUAAUAGUAAUAGUAAUAAUAAUAAUAAUAAUAAUAAUAAUAAUAAUAAUAAUAAUAAUAAUAAUAACUAUCAACAAUUACAACAACAUGGUAAUUUAAUUAUUGGUCCAAAUAAUCAACAAUUAAAACAAAAAAGAAAAAUUGGAGAUGAAAAAGAAUCAAUAAUUUUACCAUUGAAUAAACAACCAAAUGAUAAGAGAUCAAAGAGUGAAUCAGAAUUAUUGUUACAUCCACAACAAUUACAAAUGCAACAACAACUAACUCACCACCAAAUCUUUGGAAAUGGUAAUGUUCAUUCUAGUCCAGUUCAAGGUAACCAACAUCAUCAACUUAAUGUUCAUUCUAGUCCAAUUCAAAGUCACCAAUCAAAUUUAGUUUUACAAAAUAAUGAUUCAAUUUAUCAAAGUCCAGUUCAUCAUCAUAAUCAUAAUCCUCACCAUCAAAAUAAUCAUAAUAAUAACCAACAAAGUCCUCAUCAAAGUCCAGUUCAUCAUCAAGUAGUGAUUCAUAACAAUAGCCAACAAAGUCCUCAUCAAAGUCCAGUUCACCCACAAGCAUAUUUCUAUGACCACUCACAUACCACCCAAAGAAAUUUAUUUUCUGCUCCUCAAUAUUUUGGAAACAAUAGUAACCAUAAUAGUCAUAAUAAUAAUAAUAAUAAUUUUAAUUCACCUCAAAUGAAUCAUCACCAUCAACAACAACAACAUAAUCAGCAACAUAACCAACAACAAUCUCAUUUACCAUUUCCAAUUCCAACAUCAUCACAUCCUAUAACAUUACCAACUAUUUCAAACAUUAAUGAUAAUAGCAAUAGCUCAAAUAGUUUAAAUUCACCACCUAUGAUUGGUUCUUUGUCUGCAUCAUUAGUUUCCCCCUCAUCCUCAAAUCCAUCAUUAAUCAAAAUUAAUUAA